AAAAUAAAAAUAUUUUUUCCCAAAAUGUCUCCCCUAGUGAUAGUUUUGUUAAGUGCUUUAGUUUUAGUAAAUGCCGGUGAACUGCAGGGCGACAGGGAGAGUGCGCGCGAGGAGAAGUUACGGAGUGCUUUGAUUGACGCUUUUCAGAGUAUCAAGAAAGCUUCGGCCAAGGGCGGCGUGGACGACGACCUGGCGUCCGACCUGAUCGGCUCGCUGGCCAAGCCUGCUCCUCCGAACUCGAGUCGAAACGACAAGGCGACCACAGAGGACGCCUUCGACCUGUUCGCGGACGACGACGGGCUGUCGUUCGCGGACUUCAGCGAUGUGAAGACUGAGGAGAAACAGUCGACGACGGUCAAGUCUCACAAUGUGCAGCACAUUGUGAAGACGACCAGCAAGCCCGCGGAGAGAACGACUUCGAAGUCUCCGACGCCUAACAAGGAUGUGUUGGGGAAGCUGAGUGACUCGAUCAGGGAGGCGGUGAACGAGUCGCGGAACGUGUUGCGACGGGACAGCGGGAACGUGACGGAGGUGCUGGGGAUAGAGAACAUGCUGCGGCUGUUCGACGCGGACAUCCUGGUGCGCCAGUGGCCGGAGCUGCAGCGCCUGGUCUCCGGGGAGUGCCGCGCGGACCUGCAGGAGUACGUCGACGGCCUCGUGGAGAAGCAGCUGUGGGCGCUCAAGAUGGAGGACGCUAGCGGGCGCUACACAUCCAUGUUCUACUGGGGCAACAACUACUGGACCGGGUCCGCGGAGCUGUGCGACAUCCUCAACGAGCAGCACACGCCGGUCAAACAACGCAACAAAACGGCUCAGUCUCAGAUCUUCAACGACUGGCGGCAGGACCUGUCGAUGGUGGGCUUCGGGCCUCCCUUCGAGACAGCCUUCUACGUCGCCAAGGUCACCGUCACCAGUAACUUCACUGAUAUCGUCAAAACUCGCCGCACCCUGCACCUCGGCAUAUGUCUCCCGCGCUCGUGCUCGCGCGCGGCGGUGGGCGCGCUGGUGGGCGACUCGCGCGCGCCGCUGCUGAGCACGCGCGUGCUGGCCGUGCGCUCGCCGCAGCACGGGGGGUACAGCUACUGGGCUGAUCCUACCUUCCAGGUGUUGCUAGCCGUAUCCUGCAUAGUAGCGGUUCUGCUGAUCAUAGCCACCAUAUACGACGUGAAGAUAGCCCGCGACGUGCGCAGGCGCAGGCAGCGCGCCGCCAACAUUGCCGCCAACAUCGUGGCCAACAAUGGCACGCGCGGCGAUCUGAAGCUCGACCUUAAUGGGCUGGAUGAUAUUAGUACGGUUACUAAUGGCAAAACAAUGUACAACGUGAACAACAACCUGGCUAUCAACAGCAACACCUCGGAGGAACGUCUCACAGCGGAGACCAUCUCCAACGACGAACUCAAACUCAGCGUGUGGUCGGAGCUGCUGUUAUCGUUCUCCAUGAAGGCGAAUGUGCUGCAGAUCUUCGACCAGUCAGUCGGGGCUGAUACUGUGCCCGUCGUCCACGGGCUCCGGUCACUGUCCAUGGUCUGGGUCAUCUUUGGGCAUACCUGCAUCGUUGUUUUUAAGUAUGCCGACAACACAGCCCUACGAGCUAUCCUGGAGAAGAGCUUCUGGUUCCAGCUCAUCAUCAGCGCCGUCUACAGUGUCGAUACCUUCUUCUGUCUCGGAGCCACGCUGGUAACGUUCCUGUACUUCCGCACGAAGACGAAGGGCAAGCUGGACCUGCUGGUGAAGGGGCGCAGGAAGAUCACCUCCGGCAUACUGCAGUUUCUCGGACUUAUUGCUUAUCGAUUUGCCAGAUUAACAGCUCCAUACCUGUUCAUCCUGGGCGUGGUGGAGGUGACGAUGAAGUGGUUCCAGCACAACGCAGUCUUCGAGCCUCCUGCAAACGACUACGAGACCUGUCCCAAGUAUUGGUGGAGAAAUCUCCUUUAUAUCAACACUCUCUUCCCUGUUGAGCAAAUGUGCAUGUUAUGGAGUUGGUACCUCUCAGAUGACACCCAGUUCUACGCAGUCAGCGCCAUCCUAUUGAUCUUGGCCACUAGCCACUUCAAACUGUCAGCAUCUCUAGGCGGCGUGUUAUUCGUCUCGUCCCUCUUCACAACUGGCUACGUCUCUUGGAGCAACGACCACAUCCCGAACAGUGAGGACCCCUUUACGCAGUUCGACAAGGUCUACGAGAAGCCCUGGACCAGGCUCGGACCUUAUCUUGUGGGCAUGCUCACCGGGUGGAUACUGUUCAAGACUAACUUGCAGAUUCGGAUGAGCAGGAUAUGGGCAGCAGUAGGCUGGGCAGUAUGCACGGGCACACUACUGUUCCUGAUCUUCGGGCUAUACAAGACGGAGCUGGGCGUGCUGUCGGCGGCUGUGUACUCCGCGCUGUCACACUCGCUGUGGGCUGGCUGUAUCGGAUGGAUUAUCAUUGCUUGUUCUACUGGACAUGGAGGCUGGGUGCGACCGCUGUUGUCAGCCCCAGUGCUGUACCCAUUCUCGCGCGUGACGUACUGCGCGUACCUGGUGCACCCCGUGGUGCUGCGCUACGUCGCCAUGCAUCUCACGCACCCCAUACACAUGGGGGAGCUGUUUGUGUUCAUCCUGUUCCUGGGCCUAACAGUGAUAUCAUACGCCAUCGCCUUCGUAAUAUCAGUAGCCUUCGAGGCGCCCAUCGUCACCAUGUUGAAGAUCGUCUCCCCACAGAAGAAACCCCACAGAGUAUGAAACAACCCACUAAUAGUUAGAGACUAAAAGCCUUACUACAAAAACUUAAACAGGUGUUAAACACUUGUUUAAAAAAAGUGUGGCUGAAAAUGGACCUUAUUUCAAGGUCAUACCUAAUCUGUAAUUUUUUAGACAAGUGUUGAACCGACGUUUAAAAGUUUUUGUGGUACGACGGUAACUGCCUCAGUUAACGCACUAACGGAUGGCAUUAAUGAGCUGUUGCAAAGGUUUAAUUGGCCCAAAAUAUGCGACCUGCGCAAGAGUUGCAAAAUGAAUGUUGUACAAUCUAAUGGUUGGUGUGAAUACUCUUCGCUGUCGUGUAGUGCGAAUGUGAUUUUUUGUAACUCUAUGCCCGUUUCUUAAUGUUGAAAAGUACCUGAAACGAAUUAUGAUUUCUGCGAAAAUCAUUUUAAAAUGAAGUUGUGAAACUAUUUGAUCCAUAUUUGACCAUUCGAUCAAUCAUUAGGAAACGAGCAUUACUCUGUAAAUUAAUUACCAUUCCAUUGUAUAUUUUCUUAGGUAUUUCAUAAAUAUAGUGUCCUCAGCUGAGGACAGUCUGACUGAAGUGUAAUGAUUCGUGUUGAUUGUAUUUACUGAGAAUUGGAUAUGACAGAUUAUUGUAAGUUCUUGUGUAAGCUUCUGAGUUUUAUAAAACAUGACAAUUGAGAAAGGAUUGUAAGACUUAUCAAUAUUUUUAUACUAAACUACACACUGAAAUACAUGAUUAAUUUUAUUCCAAGGUUGGCAAUUGUUGGCCAUCUACAAAUGACACAAACUAUAAGUAAUAUGUUUAGCUCAACACUCCAGGGUACAAAAUAUUUUAGCCCAGUUCAAUCUAUUCAUAUGUAUAGAAUAUAUUUCGAAAAGUAAUUUGCCUUUUUGUAUAGGUAUGUCUCCGAAUUAGUUGGUAUUGGCCAGCCAAAGUUCGAAGUACUCAUAUUCUUAUAUUAUUUUUAUGUAAGUUAAAUGAAGCUACAGAUAAAACAAGUGGCUUGUGUGAAAAUUUAGUCGUCGAAAUAAAAAAAGACAAAUACGAGUUAUUUCUAUUUAUUAUUCUUACAAAAAAAAUACAAAUUAAUUAAUAGAAUUUCUUUUUAAAUAAUAAUAAU